AUGACAUGCCAAUAAGCCUUCGAUGAUCAGCCACAAUAAAGUAUCGAGGAAUAUUUCAACUAAGAUUUAACUGUUUCAAAUGGUUUGAGUCUAAAAAACUUUGAAAUAAUUAAAUCUAUCGGCUCUGGUGGCUUUGGUACAGUAAGUCUGAAGGAUAAUUCAACCACUCCCUCUUGGUAUUUAUGUAUUCUGAUGGAUUACGCAUCUAAUGGUGAUCUUAGUUAGUUAAUUGAGAGACAUAAAUCUGAAAAACAGCCAAUCAACGAAGAAGUGAUUUGGAAUAUAUGCAAGCAAGUAGCAAUAGGUCUCCAGUAUCUACAUUAAAAGAAAAUAAUUCACAGAGAUAUUAAGCCUUAGAACAUCCUUAUUACAACUUACAACUAAUAUAAGAUUGCGGAUAUGGGGAUAUCUAGAAACUUAAACUCCAACAACUCAUAGCUGCAUACUUCUAAAAUUGGGACUCCAUUAUAUCAGGCACCUGAGCUAAUAAGAAAGCAGCCUUACGACUACAAAAUAGACAUGUGGGCUUUAGGUUGUCUUCUACAUUAUUUAGCAGCUUAGGAGCAUCCAUUUACAGUACCUCCAUCUACUAGGGAUGUCUCACCAAUUAAAUAGAACAAUGGCAUUGUGAACUCUAGGACUUAGCUUGAAUAUUAAAUUUUGAAUCACACACCCAAGAAUAUUCCUGAAAUAUACUCUACAAAGCUUUAACUUUUGAUUUAGAAGUUACUCGAUAAAAAUAAGGAUAACAGGCCUAACUCAGAGGAGGUUUUAAAAUUGAUUCCAUCAUCUGAUUAACCUUUGUUUACACUAAAUGGAAAUUUAAGUUAGACCAAUUUUUAUCAAGCACCCCAAGUAAGCUAAAAAAGACACAGUGCUGCUAACAGAUCAGCUAACGCUUCAAAGGUAUAGGAAAGCUAUCCUUUAAAUUAAAAAACAUAAUAAGAAAAUGUGAAAACCUUAAAAAGAGAGUAAAUAGAUGAGAAAGUUAUAAAAUCUAGCAAUACAGAUUAAUAAGAAGAAAUGGAACGAGGAGGAAAUACUUUACAGGUUUCAGAAACAAAAGCAACAGAUGCAGAUUUUAACACUGCGCAGUUUACCUACUAGUAAUACAAUAAUAUAAAGUUAAAUAACUUUAGCAAGACAUUUUACAAAGCCUCAGAACAAAUUUAGUAAACCCCUCAUAAACAAAAAGCAAAAAAUAUGUUUGAAGGAUCUAAGAAAUAAAUCAGUCAUACACCAGGGAAAACCUAUGGAAAGAACUCAGUGCUAAAUAACAUCAUUGAUGAAAAAGAGCAAAUUCAGCCCAGUGAUUUCAGCUUGAGAGCUAAUAGAAGUCUAAUAUUGGAAUCACAAAAUUAAAUGAGCAAAAGCCCUGAUAUAACUUAAAACAUCAAUUUAAAGGAUGAGAUAAGAUAGAUUUAUGAUAGUCAAAGAGCAGCCUAAGAAUAAGUCAGAAACUUCGCUAAUUUGUCAACUCUCGAUGAUAGAAAAAAAGAAUUUGAAAAAUAUUAGUUGAGGAAUUCCUACCAUCAAUUAAAUCAGAAGAAGGCUAGAUAUAAUUCUAACUAUCCAACUUAGAGGAUCUAUGCUCCUACAAUUCCUCAAACAAAUCCUCAGAAGAACAUACCUAUCACUGUUCAAAGCAAAUCUAAUUUCCCUUAAAAUCAAUCUCUCACCUAAUUUUCUAACUACAACAAUAAGCAGAAUGUUCAGAUCAUAGGUGCUAAUUAUUAAAAUAGCUUGAAUAAUCAAAACAAUUCCCCAGACUUGAAAGCAACUUAAAAUCAAGAUUAAAAAGUAGCAGUUUCAAUUUAUGAUCCUCUUCUUAGCAAUGACAACUAUGAUCUCUAAUAAACUAUUCAAAAUACCAAUGAAGCAAAAGCUUCACAUAAAACACCAAAUAUCAAUUCUAUUAAGGUUGACGGUCUUUCAAGUGGAGGUAAAAGUUAUCAGUAAAAUAAUUAGUUUCAUAUUUCUUUGAAGCAUCAUCAUAGAAAAGUUGUAGCAACUGGGACAGCAUCAGUAGAGCGCUAUAGUGUUAGUAGCUAGCAAAAUCAUCCUCUAGUGAGUAGUACACUCAAGUAAAAUAGUAUUUAGUAGUAAUUUUUGGCAAGUCAACUGCCUAAGAUCAAUAAGAAUGUGUUUUUGAAAACUAAUUUUAGGAAUUAGAGGUUAACUGUUAGAGACCUCGCGUAAUGA